UCUACUUCCAAGCUUCUGAACUGCCCCUGUGUGGGAUGCUCCAGCUGAAUGGGGAUUAUGCCUCGGCACUAAAACAUACCAAACACACACAGGCAUGCUCACUCGCCCACUUUGCACCCUUCCUAAAUACAGCCAUCGCUCUCUCCAUCUCUUGCGCCUUGUCUCUCAUGGAGGCUAACCUUUAAAUAUGAGUGUUGCAGGGAUUCACCGUGGAUUUCUCAGGAAGUAUGGUGGCUUUAUGUUCAAACAAUGGAAGGAGAGGUACCUCAUAUUGACAGCUGACGGCUGUGUGUUGGUGAGUCGCGAUGCAGUGUCCCCUCCUGACCAGAUGGUGGCAUUGCAGGGGGGCUGUGAGGCCAUCGUGGAGGGCAGGGAGAUCCUGGACCUGCCCAAGCUGCCCUCUGGAGGACGCAGGGACUGCUGCUUUGCUCUGAUCCUGCCUCAGGAGAAGUUCCUGCUGCUACUGGCUGACAACGCAGAAGACUGCAGUCAAUGGGUCAACAUGCUGAGGAAAGUGCGAGAGAGUGUAUCGUCACCAAUGUCCUCCUGUAGACGCCAUAAUGCUUCGACACGAUGCAUCACUGACAGAGACCCGCUUCCAGACCCCAUUUCUGACAAAGAUUCCCCAACUCCACCGCUCAGUGAUAUGGAGAUCUUAUCUCCUGGGCCGAGAUCUCCUGGGCCAACCUCUCCUGGCUUAAUCUCUGCUGGGCCAAAUUCUCCUGGGCCAACCACAGGCGACAUUCAACAAAAGGAAAAUGGUCAGAAAUCUCCCCACAUGAAGAGGGACAAAGGGACUAGUCGUUCAGUGGGCUGUCUGCGCCAUGGCACCAGCCAUGAUGCCCAGGCAGUGAGGGCUGUGUAUCUGCUGAUGGGAGGGGCCGCUGCUUCCUCUGCCAUGGGUUACCUGGGUGCAUGCUCUCCUGCUAAUCCUGACGUAAGGCCUCCUGACCUGCCGCCCACCACAGACUUCUCUAACCUGGGRUCAGCAGGGGCAUACCACUCCUGCAACCAGACUGUUGUUGACUCUCCUCACUUCCACAGCUUUGACUUUGAGGGGGCAGACUCAGACUUUGAUGCCUUUGACUGUGGGGGAUUUUCAUUCUAGGGGGGAAAUGAUGAUUUACCUACCGUCAAGACUUUCAAUCCUCCUGUUCAUCCUUUAUGAAAAUACAAGGGCAAUAAUUGCCUCUUAUUGUUGCCACCCUUUGUAAGUGAUAUGUACUGAUGCAAAACAUUUGAGCUAUUUUAUCUUAUCUUUGAUAUAAUUUAUUUGAUUACAACCUGUCUGCUGUCACCCUCUGGCUAUGGAGAGAGCGUGGAUUUCUUGAUGCCGUUUUAAGUAACGUAAUGUAAGCAUACCUUGUCUUUAUAACUAU